GGAGCCAGACUCCGGACUGAACGCCGCUGGGAGAGCCGCAGAGGAGCGCCGGGCAGCCGGAGCUGUAUGGCGGCGGCCGUUUCUGCGGUACGAACCUGAACUUACUGUGAGGGAAACAUGCUAAGCUAAUGUUAACAGCCGGAACCGGACAGUCCUGAAGCUGCUUUUCUGUCAGAAAAUCAUCUUCAAGCCACAAACAGCCCGAAUAUCGAUCAGACGGAUCGAUCGAUCAGAACCCAGCCGAACAUUUGAGUCAGGUCGAUGCUGCACACUGAGAGCAGCUGAGCUAAUGCUAACAGCUCAGAAGUUCUGGACGGUUCUGCUAACUGAUGCUAAGCUAACUGUGCAGGUGGAACACCUGAUGGACCUUCAGGACCGAUCAGAAUGGAAAUGAUCAGAUCAAUACACUUGAUUGUUUAAGGAUGAUUGAUCAGAUCUGACUUUAAGUCACAGAACCAGCACAAAGACACAAACUGGACUUUAUUUGCUUCACAUGUGGAGACAGACAGAUGAACACAUGCAUUUCUCAUUAAACUGAUAAUUCAUACAAGAAGAGACAUACAUGCAAGAUUUCACUUUAUUCGUUCAUUGAAUGAAACGUCCUGAUUGGAUGCCAGGACGGUGCUCCUGCUGCCUCCGGGUCCAGGCAGGUCCAGGCCUCCUGCCUGAGCCCGGUUCUGUCCUUCCUUUGCUGACUGCUCACAGACGGCUCAUGUGAAGCGCUGCUGCGUGAAUACAUGAGCUGAAAGUAAAGAUAGAGGGCCGGCUCUCAUCAUGGAGAACGGACAGAGCACCACCACCAAGCUGGGCCUGCCGCCGCUCACCCCCAACCAGCAGGAGGCGCUGCAGAAGGCGAAGAAGUAUGCGAUGGAGCAGAGCAUCAAGAGCGUUCUGGUCAAACAGACUCUGGCUCAGCAGCAGCAGCUCAGCAGCCUGCAGAUGGCGUCUCUGACGAUGGGUUUAGGAGACGCUCUGUCUCCUCUGCAGUCGGUGGCGGCCCAGCGGCAGAGAGCUCUGGCCAUCAUGUGUCGGGUCUACGUCGGCUCCAUCUACUACGAGCUCGGAGAGGACACCAUCAGGCAGGCCUUCGCCCCCUUUGGACCAAUCAAGAGCAUCGACAUGUCCUGGGACUCUGUGACCAUGAAGCACAAGGGCUUCGCCUUCGUGGAGUACGAGAUGCCAGAAGCAGCCCAGCUGGCUCUGGAGCAGAUGAACUCUGUGGUCCUCGGAGGAAGGAACAUCAAGGUUGGGAGGCCCAGCAACAUCGGCCAGGCUCAGCCGAUCAUCGAUCAGCUGGCGGAGGAAGCUCGUGCCUUCAACCGGAUCUACGUGGCGUCAGUUCAUCCCGACCUCUCGGACGACGACAUCAAGAGCGUCUUCGAGGCCUUCGGGAAGAUCAAGUCCUGCAUGUUGGCCCGAGAGCCGACCACCGGCAGGCACAAAGGCUACGGCUUCAUCGAGUAUGAUAAGGCUCAAUCUUCUCAGGACGCUGUGGCCUCCAUGAACCUGUUCGACCUGGGGGGGCAGUACCUGCGGGUGGGGAAGGCUGUGACUCCGCCCAUGCCCCUCCUCACGCCAACCACCCCCGGAGGACUUCCUGCUGCUGCCGCCGUGGCUGCUGCCGCCGCCACCGCCAAGAUCACUGCUCAGGAGGCAGUGGGAGCGUCGGUGCUCGGAGCUCUGGCUGGGCCGGCGCUCCUCUCUCAGCAGCUGGGUGGACUUCCUCAGGCUGUCAUGGCUGCCCAGGCUCCAGGUGUCAUCACAGGCGUGACCCCGGCCAGACCCGGCCUGCCUCAGGUGGGUUUGGUGAACCCGGUGCUGGCCACGCCCCUGGCUCCGGCAGCCUCCUUCGGUCCUGAGCUGAAGAGGAAAGAGGAGGAGAAGGAGCGUCAGCAGGAGGCCCAGCAGGAUGGUGCCAUGGAGCCGCUCAGCGAGCAGGAGCACAUGAGCAUCAGCGGCAGCAGCGCCAGACACAUGGUGAUGAGGAAGCUGCUCCGCAAGCAGGAGUCCACCGUCAUGGUCCUGAGGAACAUGGUCGGACCCGAUGACAUCGACGACGACCUGGAGGGUGAGGUCACCGAGGAGUGUGGGAAGUUCGGCCAGGUGAAGCGAGUCAUCAUCUACCAGGAGCGCCAAGGCGAGGAGGACGACGCAGACGUCAUUGUUAAGAUCUUUGUAGAGUUUAUGGAGGCAGCUGAGAUGAACCGAGCCAUCCACGCACUAAACCACCGCUGGUUCGGAGGACGUAAGGUGGUCGCUGAGGUCUAUGACCAGGAACGCUUCGACAACAGCGACCUUUCAGCGUAGAAACUGACGCACUGAAGUGUAGCAUAGUGGCCUCUUUCUAACCCGGCACAGUUUUUUAACGGUGUUUGUCCCCAGAGAUGCUUCUUCUUCUUCUUGGGUUUGUUUCUGUACAGGAUCAAAGGACCCGAUCGCUAGCUGCCAUGUCUUAACCAGUAGGGCUGGUCCGAAUAGCAAGUUCUGUUCUCCGGAUACUCGGGGCUCAAUUAAUGGCGAGUAUCCAUGCGGGCAGGAAAAUAUUCGGAUCACAAAACUGAUGUCAGGAUGCCACCACAGCAACCAAAUAUUUGGAUGUUCGGGUCCAGCCCUACAAACCAGAUGUUUCAAUUCCUGCUCAUCAUUUUGCAAAUCAGCCGAUUGUGUCUGACCUGCGGAUGAAAGCGGUGAGCUCCUUGGGGCUUGCAGUCGCGGUUGAGGUUACAGAUUGACAGAUUCAGGGAAAGAUCCUGGUUUGGGUUAGAAUAAGUACAUCGUUUAGGUCAGAGAACCUUUGUUUCCAAGGUUACGAUAAACAGGUGGCUAGGGUUUAAAGAAAAGAUGCUCUCAGUUUGAAACGGGGACAGUCGCCUCCUCUUCAGUCGUCCAUCCAUCUGGCUUGACCUCCUCCAUCGUUAGUCGUUUAUUUUCCACUGCAGAAACUUGUGGUUAGUUUCAGGGAACCCAGACCUUUGGUCGAACUACAGGAACCGUCCAAAUAGAACCUCCUUCAGAGCCGUUUUAAUGAUGACUCGCCUUCCUGCAUGCAGAGUUUCCACCAAAACAUUCCCCCAUCGCUGUUUUCCAGUGAUGUGUCCCUGCAUCCUGCUCUUAGUGCGACUGACCGGAUGUAGACUGUGUGCAUCAGUCUGCUACUGGCUGCACGUUUCACAUGGCUCAGGUGGUAGAGCAGGUUGUCCUCUCAUCACAAGGUUGCCGGUUUGAUCCCCUCCACAGUCAAAGUG